UCGUAAUAAUCGAGGACUCGAACCGAGUCAACGAGGUUCGGCUAAUUGGAAACCCGAUUCUUCUCCCGUUGCGGAAAGAGAGAACAUGGCGUUGCAGGCUGGGGUUUCAACUUCAAAGGUUCUGAUCCUCGUCGGAGCAGGUUUGACGGGUUCGGUUGUUUUGAGGGGCGGACGACUGUCUGAUCUGAUUGCACAGCUUCAGGAGUUAUUGAAGGGUGUAAAUGAAGCUGAGAUCUCGCCGAACAAGUACGAUACUACAGUCCUUGCAGCUCAGAUUCGACAAUUGGCUCAAGAGAUCAGGGAGUUAGCAGUGUCCCGUCCUGUAACCAUCUUCAAUGGGGAUUCAUCAUCGAAUGGGAGCUAUGGUUCUUACUUAGUGCCUGCUGCUGCACUUGGAGCAAUGGGAUAUUGUUACAUGUGGUGGAAGGGUUGGUCGCUUUCUGAUGUAAUGUUUGUAACUAAGCACAAUAUGGCAAAUGCUGUUGCAACCGUGUCCAAACAAUUAGAGCAUGUCCAUGAAGCACUGGGUGCAACUAAGAGACAUCUAACCAAGAAGCUGGAGAACUUGGACUGGAAGGUGGAGGAGCAGAAGGAAACAACCAAGCUUAUUGCAAAUGAUGUGAAUGAGGUGAAAUCAAGCCUUUCUCAAAUUGGGUUUGAUGUGGCAUCAAUCUAUCAAAUGCUAUCUGGGUUGGAAGGGAAGGUUGAGCUUCUUGAAAACAAACAGGACAUGACUAACUCAGGUCUCUGGUAUCUAUGCCAAGUGGCUGGAGGCUUCAAAGAUGGGCUAAAUUCUAAACUUUUUCAGGAUGUUGGUGCUAAGGUAGCAAAUCAUUCAACAGUCACAUUUGAGGAUAAGUCCCCCAAGGGCCUCCAAUUCAUUGCUGAAGCUAAGGGCUCAGGUGUGAUUGAUAAUUCAGUGAUAACAAUAAGGAAAACUGAUCUUGACAACUUCUCUGGUGAAAAAGGUCCGACAUUGACAAAUAGAAUACACAGGUCAUAUCCAGUUGGUAUUUCUUUGAGCCGAGACAUUAGAGGUUCGGAUACAUGAUUCUUUCAUUAUGUUUUCUUGCUUUGGUGGAGUGAACUCUUCCUAUUGAUUUCAUAAGCAUGUUACGGGAUUCCAUAAUUUGCUCCCAGUGAUAAAUGCUUCCGGGUGUUUGAUUUGCACAUCUCCAGAUGGAAAAAGUAUAUAGUGAUAGUGCUUUGUACAAGUAAUGAUUUCAUAUGUUAUACGAGCAGAAUAAGGCACCGUAACCUCGGUGGCGCUGAUGACCUUGUAUUUUUGUAUUUUCAUAUAGCUAUAUGUCAAAAAUCCAUUCAUCUCCA